AGAUGAGGUCCAUUCACCGAGAGGCAUCAGUCUCUAGAUUUAGUUGGAAGCUAGCUGUCUGUGUAAAGAGCGUGUCUCGCUUGUUACAAUGGACGUCAGUCACAGCCAAACACAAAUGAAAUAUUAAAUAUUCACGUCGUGCAAUAUCAGUCAAUCAAUCUGCUUCCCGGCAGGAGGUGAGCAGCGCCUGAUCAUUCUCCGUGUAACUCUCUCCCCCCCCAUCCCCUCCCCUGGUCGAGCGCGUAUAGACGCCCUCUGCUUUCAACAGAUGCACCACUUCCCCGAGUGAAACUGGGCUCCCUAUCUGUCCCCCGCCGUUUGGGAUUGGAUGUGAACAGCGAGCGAGCGGGCUGGCUUGUGCAGACGUGAGAGGGAGAGGGGAGGGAGAGGGGAAGGCAGGGGGAGACAGAGAGAGACACAGAGAGAGUGGGAGCCAGAGAGAGAGACGGGGAGAUCCAGGACUCUCGGUCACUACUUGAGGAGCAGCAGCGCGGGGCUCAGGAGCGGUGGUCCAGGCUCCGGGAACCGAGCGCACACCGGGCACUGGACACUGGACACCGGGCACUGGACACCGGGCACCGGACACCGGGCACCGGGCACUGGACAGCGGACCCACGCCACAACGUGAUGCGAGGAGCAGGCGGCCGGACAUGAGCGCGCUUCUGAUCGCCCUCUCGCUACUGGGGCACCUGGUGCUGGGGGCAGCGGGACAGGUGUUUGCAGGCAGUUGCUCAUUUGAUGACCAUUACAGCAACUGUGGAUACAUCCUGGCCCUUGGGACCAAUGGAUUCAACUGGGAGCAGAUCAACACCUGGGAAAGGCCGUCCCUGGACCCAUCGGUGCCAACAGGGACGUUCAUGAUGGUGAACAGCUCUGGGCGUCUGUCGGGACAGAAGGCCCACCUGAUGCUGCCCAUACUAAAGGAGAACGACACACACUGCGUUGACUUCCACUACUUUCUGUCGAGCAAGGAUCGAUCCAGUCCAGGGGUUCUGAAUGUCUUUGUCAAAGUUAACGGUGGACCUCCGGGAAACCCGGUGUGGAAUGUAUCUGGGCUCAUUACUGAAGGUUGGAUUAAGACGGAGCUGGCCAUCAGCACCUUCUGGCCCAACUUCUAUCAGGUCAUCUUUGAGUCAGUUGCUUCAAAGGACCAUCCUGGAUACAUUGCCAUCGAUGAGGUUCGAGUACUCGCUCACCCCUGCCGGAAGGCUCCUCACUUUCUCCGUCUCCAGAAUGUGGAAGUGAAUGCGGGUCAGAACGCCACAUUCCAAUGCAUCGCUGGUGGGAAGUGGUCCCAGCACGACAAGCUAUGGCUGCAGCAAUGGAAGGGCAAGGAUACGGCCCUGAUGGUGACCAGGGUGGUGAAUCACAGGCGGUUCUCGGCCACCAUCAGUGUGGCAGAUACAUCCCAGAAGACCACCAACAAAUACCGAUGUGUGAUCCGAUCGGAAGGGGGCUCCGGAGUGUCCAAUUAUGCAGAACUAAUUGUGAAAGACCCGCCCACGCCCAUCGCGCCCCCUGAGCUGCUGGCAGUGGGAGCAACGUACCUGUGGAUCAAACCCAACGCCAACUCCAUCAUCGGCGAUGGCCCCAUCAUCCUCAAGGAGGUGGAGUACCGCACCACGUCCGGCAACUGGGCCGAGACCCACAUCGUGGACUCGCAGACCUACAAACUCUGGCACCUCGACCCCGACGUGGAAUACGAGAUCAGGGUGCUCCUCACCAGACCCGGAGAUGGGGGGACGGGACCACCGGGACCCCCGCUGACCACCCGCACCAAGUGCGCAGAUCCCGUCCAUGGACCUCAGACGGUGGAGGUUGUCGACGUGCGUUCUCGCCAGCUGACCAUUCACUGGGAGCCCUUUGGUUACGUGGUCACCCGCUGCCACAGCUACAACCUGACGGUGCUGUACCAGUACGUGCUGGGACUGCGCGAGUACACGGCGGAGGAGCUGAUGCAGACGUCGUCUCACUACACGCUGCGCGGGUUGCAACCCUACACCACCGUCAAGCUGCGACUCGCUCUCACCAACCCGGAGGGAAGGAAAGUCAGCGAUGAGAUCGUGAUACAGACAGAGGAGGAUGUCCCAGGUCUGGUGCCCAUGGAAUCGAUUCAAGGAGGUCCAUUUGAAGAGAAGAUCUAUCUCCAAUGGAAGCCACCAAACGAAACCAACGGGAUCAUCACUCUCUAUGAGAUAACCUACAAGGCUGCUGGAUCCUUUGACCCGAAUGUGGAACUCUCGAGCCAGAGAGGACGAGUGUUCAAGCAGCGGAACGAGACGCACCACUUGUUUGUUGGGCUUUACCCGGGCACCACGUACUCAUUCACCAUCAGAGCCAGCACCGUGAAAGGCUUCGGGCUCCCCAUCACCAACCACAUCACCACAAAAAUCUCAGCCCCAUCGAUGCCUCUGUACGACACAGACGCCCCUCUGAAUGAGACGGACACCACAAUCACGGUCCUGCUGAAACCGGCGCAGUCUCGAGGAGCCCCUGUCAGUGCCUAUCAACUGGUUGUUAAAGAGGAGCGUUCGCAAAAGGCCAGGAGAGCUGCGGAUAUCGCCGAGUGUUUCCCUGCGCCGAUCAGCUACAAGAACGCCUCGCUCCUCGACGCUCUGCAUUACACGGCUGCUGAGCUGAAGCCCGGGAACCUUCCCGUGUCUCAGCCCUUCACCAUCGGUGACAACAAGACCUACAACGGCUACUGGAACCCACCCCUCUCCUCCGUGAAAAGCUACAGCAUUUACUUCCAGGCUGUCAGCAAAGCAAACGGGGAGACCAAAGUCAGCUGCUUAAGACUGGCGACAAAAGGUAGGAUACAGAUAACAACACCAUACAUUCUUGUCAUCCCAAGCGCAGGAGCGUCCACGCAGAACUCCAAUACAGUGGAGCCGGAAAAGCAGGUGGACAACACGGUGAAGAUGGCGGGCGUCAUCGCGGGCAUCCUGAUGUUUAUCAUCAUCAUGCUCGGCGUCACGCUGAUCGUUAAAAAACGGAGGAGUGCUUAUUCCUACUCAUAUUACCUGAAACUUGCCAAGAAACAGAAGGAGACGCAGAGCGGCACACAGCGCGAAAUGGAGUCGGUGGUGACGGCCACAGACAAAAGCUGCAGCAAGCAGAGAGACGAGACACUGGCAGCAGAACAGCUGACUCCCAGUGCCGUAUUGGGCAGCAACCGUGAAGAGAUGAUCCAGCCGACACGAGUCGUGCAAACACACUCGCACAGGAACUGCGAGCCCGUGGAGAUGUCCUAUCAGGCUGGCCAGCUCCAACCGGCCAUCCGGGUGGCCGACCUGCUGCAGCACAUCACGCAGAUGAAGUGUGGCAAAGGUUACGGCUUUAAAGAAGAAUAUGAGAGUUUACCGGAAGGGCAGUCAGCAGCCUGGGACACUGCCAAGAAAGAGGAGAACCGCUCGAAGAACAGAUAUGGCAAUAUCAUUGCAUAUGAUCAUUCUCGAGUACGACUUCAGCUGCUGGAAGGCGACCCUCAUUCAGAUUAUAUCAAUGCCAACUACAUUGACGGAUACCAUCAGCCUCGUCACUACAUAGCAACACAAGGUCCAAUGCAGGAAACUGUUAAAGAUUUUUGGAGAAUGAUAUGGCAGGAGAAUUCACCCAGUGUCGUCAUGGUAACUAAUCUGGUGGAAGUGGGAAGGGUGAAAUGUUGCAGGUAUUGGCCGGACGACACGGAGCUGUACGGUGAUAUCAAGGUGACGCUGGUGGAGUCUGAGCCCUUGGCCGAGUACGUCAUCCGGACUUUCACUGUCCAGAAGAAAGGUAACCAUGACAUUCGGGAGAUUCGACAGUUCCACUUCACCAGCUGGCCUGACCAUGGAGUGCCCUGCUUUGCCACCGGCUUAUUGGGCUUUGUACGACAAGUCAAGUUCCUGAAUCCAAACGAGGUUGGCCCCAUUAUCGUGCACUGCAGUGCGGGUGCUGGACGGACGGGCUGCUUCAUAGCCAUCGACAUCAUGCUGGACAUGGCGGAUAGUGAAGGAGUCGUGGAUGUGUAUAACUGCAUCCGGGAGCUGCGAUCACAGCGGGUCAACAUGGUGCAGACCGAGGAGCAAUAUGUCUUUGUACACGAUGCCAUUCUCGAGGCGUGUCUGUGUGGGAACACGGCCAUACCUGUCUGUGAGUUCCGAGCUAACUUCUACAACAUCACGAAGGUGGACCCACAGACCAACUCCAGUCAGAUCAAAGAUGAGUUUCAGACGCUGAAUAUCGUCACCCCUCGUGUCCGAGCCGAAGAUUGCAGUGUGGGGCUGUUGCCGCGCAACCACAACAAGAACCGCAACAUGGAUGUACUCCCCCCGGAUCGCUGCCUGCCCUUCCUCAUUUCUGUUGAUGGAGAAACCAGUAACUAUAUCAAUGCAGCACUUAUGGACAGCCACAAACAGCCCGCUGCCUUUAUCGUCACCCAGCACCCGUUGCCAAACACUGUCACUGACUUCUGGAGAUUAGUGUUUGAUUAUCACUGCUCAGCCAUCGUCAUGUUGAAUGAACUCGACGCCGCGCAGCUCUGCAUUCAGUACUGGCCAGAGAAGAGCUUGUGUUGUUAUGGCCCCAUUCAAGUGGAAUUCAUCUCCGCAGACUUUGAAGAGGAUAUAAUUGUUCGUGUCUUUCGGAUCUACAACAUGGCACGGCCUCAGGAUGGCUAUCGCAUCGUGCAGCAGUUCCAGUUCAUUGGCUGGCCUUCCUACAGGGACAUCCCCAUGUCCAAGCGGUCUUUCCUGAAGCUGAUCAAACGUUUGGAGAAGUGGCAGGAAGAGUACAGCGGUGGUGACGGGCGUACAGUGGUGCACUGUUUUAACGGCGGUGGGCGCAGUGGAACACUCUGUGUUGUCCGCAGUAUUUGUGAGAUGAUUCAUCAACAGAAUAUAAUAGAUGUUUUUCACACCGUUAAAACACUACGGAACAACAAAUCCAACAUGGUGGACACGCUGGAGCAAUACAAAUUCUGCUACGAUGUGGCCUUGGAUUACUUGUGUUCCUUUUGACGAUGAGAAGAGUUGCCAGGGUAACGCAGUGACAUUUUGGGCAAAGAAGCCUUCUCUGACUUGUGGAAAAGUGCUCGUCCAGAAGACCUUUGUAUAACUCUGUGCGUUCAAACCCUUGGGGAGGCAGGAACGAGGGUGAACACGGCAUCUCCUGCCCACAGGACUACCCGCAAUGGCCAAGGAUCACUCCAGACUUUAUGGGAGUUCCACAUUUGCCAGAGGUUCUGACGUAUUCAGUUUGAAUUUUGAUUUUUGCCAGCUGUACAUUUUGUUGGUUGUCCUUGUGUUACAUUUGUUGAAACGACACUAUUAGCCAAGUAUGGCUUAGUUUUAUUUAGCAUUUCCUGGUAACCCGUAUCAGAAAUGCUAAUUAAGACUGGGCAAUGAUAUUCCUGUUAGACGUUUGUUGUGUUGACGUUGAUGUUCCCAAAGGCAGCAGGUUGACAUUGGAGAGGCACAGUUUGGAGGGAACCAAUUAUUUUGUGAAAACAAGCCUCUAAAAUGUCCUUCUAACUUUCAAGCAACUUUCAACUGGUCUUCAGGCACCUGACCUAUAAACAGAGUAAGCCAUUGUUUGAUCACUUGUGACUGAGACAAUUGAAGGUUCAUCUUAAUAAUCUGUGAUGUGUCCAGUGUAGAAAGUGUUCUUGAAGUUGUGUGGUUGCAGCUUAGAAUACUUCUGGGAAAUAUAUGUAAAACACUUUGGCAUUUUUCUUUACAAUUUAUUUCAUACAGAAUGAGUUAUGGAUCAUGUGUACAAUUUUGUUCAGCAUUCUAUUUCCCUUUCUGUGACUUUACUGAAAGAGAUAUCACACAAAUACUCACCUGUCAGUCCCAGGUGUGUGAAGUUGUUAUCAACCACUAAGGCACAAUGUUAAAAUGUUUGCUUUAAGCUCCAAAAUCAACUGGUUAUUUACUGCAAAAUAGGAUGGGGUGCAUUAGGGAGCAGUGAUUUAUAUAUGAGAUUAAAAGCUGAAUUGCAUAGAAACUGGAAAUCUGGAAUGAAAAACAGGACCUCUUAAAAAUGUACCAAACUAAAGUGGUUAAAAAAAAAAGUGAUACAAAGAACUGCAGAUGCUGGUUCACAAAAUAACACACAAAGUGCUGGAGUAACUCAGCGGGCCAGGCAGCAUUU